CACCCCAGACCUCCUCCGGCACACGCCGGACCUGCAACCCAACGAACCCAACUAUUGGCCGACGCGACUGAGGAAUAUCGGGAGUAACGUUACAUGAAGCCGACUGUUAACUUCAGGCUCUGUUCACCGCGCAAAGCCGCUUUACGUUAGUUAACGAUGACUACAUCGGGGUCCUUGGAUCGAAUGGAACUCUGUGAAAGCCUCUUGACAUGGAUCCAGACGUUUGGAGUGGAGGCUCCAUGCAAGAAAGUAGAAGACUUGACGAGCGGUAUCGUCAUGGCUCAGGCUCUACAGAAAAUAGAUGCUGUGUAUUUCGAUGACGUUUGGAUUAGCAGAGUCAAACCAGAGGUCGGAGACAACUGGAGGUUAAAGAUCAGCAAUCUGAAGAAAGUUCUAAAAGGCGUCCUAGACUAUAACCAGGAGAUCCUAGGCCAGCACAUCAACGACUUCACUCUACCAGACGUCAACCUCAUCGGGGAACACUCUGAUCCGGCGGAGCUCGGGAGGAUGCUUCAACUUAUCCUGGGCUGUGCUGUCAACUGUGAACAGAAACAAGAAUACAUCCAGACCAUUAUGAUGAUGGAGGAGUCGGUGCAGCACGUCGUCAUGACGGCUAUCCAAGAGCUGAUGAGUAAAGAGACUCCAGUGCCGGGCGGAAAUGACUCAUAUGUGGAUCUAGACAGACAGCUGAAGAAGACGGCAGAGGAGCUGAAUGAUGCUUUGUCUACCAAGGAAGAGAUUUCCCAGAGGUGUCGUGAGCUUGACAUGCAGGCCCUCCAUGUCCAAGAGGAGCGUGAUAGACUCAAGUUAGAGUUUAAUGAGCUAGAAGAGAGGGGGGCAGCGCUGCAAAAAGAAAAAAACAGUUUGCUCGCCGAAAACCAGCUCCUGAUGGAGAAACUUAACCACUCCGACUCCAUAGAGGACAUAAACAGCCCUGCAGGACGCAGACACCUCCAGCUGCAGACACAACUGGAGCAACUACAGGAAGAAACCUUCAGGUUGGAGGCAUCAAAAGAUGACUACCGGAUCCGCUGUGAAGAGCUGGAAAAGGAACUUGCGGAUGUGAAGUCGCAGAACGAAGAGCUCGCGUCUCUGGCCGACGAAGCACAGUCUCUCAAGGACGAGAUGGAUGUCCUCCGGCAUUCGUCGGACAAAGUGUCAAAGCUGGAGGGCACAGUGGAACACUACAAGAAGAAACUGGAGGACAUGGGACUCCUCAGGAGACAGAGUAAGCUUUUGGAGGAGAAGAACACGGUGUUGAUGCAGAGCAACGUCGGUUUGGAAGAAGAGCUACGGAAGGCGAAUGCCACCAAGGGACAGCUGGAGACAUACAAGAGACAGGUGGUGGAACUUCAGAACAGACUGUCGGAAGAGUCUAAAAAGGCCGACAAGAUGGAGUUUGAAUACAAACGCGUCAAAGAGAAAGUGGACUCUCUGCAAAAGGAAAAAGAUCGUAUGCGCACGGAGAGAGACUCCCUGAAGGAGACCAUUGAAGAGCUCCAUUGCGUCCAAGCCCAGGAGGGACAGCUCACAUCGGGCCUGUUCCCCAUGGUCAGCAACGACGGCUCCGACUCGCUGGCCGCCGAGAUCACCACCCCAGAGAUUCGAGAACAUCUGAUUCGUCUCCAGCAUGAGAACAAGAUGCUGAAGCUGGCCCAGGAGGGAUCAGACAAUGAGAAGAUUGCACUGUUGCAGAGUCUCCUGGAGGAUGCCAACAGAAGAAAAAAUGAGCUCGAGACAGAAAACAGACUAAUCAAUCAGCGCCUGAUGGAGGAGCAGAGUCAGGUAGAGGAGCUACAUAAGAAUCUUCAAGAGCAGGGUUCCAAGGCAGACGACUCUUCUAUCCUGAAGAAGAAAUACGAGGAGCACAUGGAGAAGCUACGCGAGCUGAACAAUGAGUUAUUGAAGAAGAACGCUUUCAUCGAUGAAAUGGAGCCCAAAUACAACGCAAGCUCCCAACUAGUGGAGGAGCUGGAAGACGCCCUCAAGAAGAAAGAUGAAGAGAUGAAGCAGAUGGAGGAGAGAUACAAGAAAUACCUGGAAAAAGCCAAGAGUGUGAUCCGGACCCUCGACCCCAAGCAGAACCAGGGCUCAGGUCCAGAAGUCCAGGCCCUGAAGAACCAGCUGCAGGAGAAGGACAGGAUGUUGCACUCAUUAGAGAAAGAGAUGGACAAGACGAAAAUCCAGAGAGAUUACGAGGAGAAACUGAUCGUGUCGGCCUGGUACAACAUGGGCAUGUCUCUACAAAAGAAGGCGGCUGAAGACAGACUUGCCAACACCGGUUCCGGUCAGUCCUUCCUGGCCCGGCAGGAGAAGCCACCCAGCACACGUCGCUCCUAUCCAGGCCACGUCCAGCCAGCUACCGCCAGGUAGAUGGCAGCGAGAUCCAUGAGGUAG